UUCCGGUUCCUUCUCUUCCGCGCGUGUGAUCUGAGACCGGUCGCACAUGUCCAUCUGCGCCUCAAUCCCAGAGAUGCCGUCGCAGACCCUGCCCGAAGCCGAGCCCUGCACACAGAUGGAGGAUGUGGAGAACGGCCUGCUGCUGCUCAAGAAAAAGAAAAAGAAGAUGAAAGAGGUGUGUGUGGCAGAAGAGUGUGACCCACCGGCUCCUAAAAAGAGGAAGUCUGAGAAGCGUGUCGCGGAGACUCCAGACGAGAACGGGAACACGGACACACACAUCAAGAAGAAGAAGAAGAAGAAGAAGAAGAAGGUGAAAGCAGAGGCAGAGAACGGCAGCGCGGAUCUGACGGAGAGCGUGACACACACACACCUGACGGAGACCGCAGCAGAUCCAGCACACACACACACACCGUCCAGCGAGGACUCGGACAGCGACCGUGACACGGAAACCCCAGAGCAGAAAGAAGGAGCUUUCUCCAACUUCAGGAUCUCUCCCAACACCAUCAAACUGCUGCAGGCGCGUGGCGUCUCGUACCUGUUUGACAUCCAGGUGAAGACCUUUAACUCGGUGUAUGAUGGGAAGGAUCUGAUUGGCCAGGCCAGGACCGGCACCGGCAAGACCUUCUCGUUCGCGGUUCCUCUGGUGGAGAAGCUGCAGUCCGAUAUGGAGGACCGGCGGAGGGGCCGCGCGCCCAAGGUUCUGGUUCUGGCUCCGACUCGAGAGCUCGCCAUUCAAGUGUCCAAAGACUUCAAGGACGUCACCAGGAAACUGUCGGUCACGUGUUUCUACGGAGGAAGCUCCUACAACCCGCAAGUGGAAGCGAUCCGCAACGGCAUCGACAUACUGGUGGGAACGCCGGGCCGCAUCAAAGACCACCUGCAGAACAACAAGCUGGACCUGUCCCAGCUCAGACACGUGGUGCUGGACGAGGUGGACCAGAUGCUGGACAUGGGCUUCGCCGAGCAGGUGGAGGAGAUCCUGUCCGCCUCCUAUAACAAAGAUGCGGCGGAGAAACCCCAGACGCUGCUGUUCUCGGCCACGUGUCCGUCCUGGGUCUAUGACGUGGCCAAGAAGUACAUGCGCUCUCAGUUCAUCCACGUGGAUCUCAUCGGGAAGAAGACACAGAAAGCCGCCACCACAGUCGAGCACCUGGCGAUCGCGUGUCAUUGGUCCCAGCGGGCGUCGGUCAUCGGUGAUGUCAUCCAGGUGUACAGCGGCAGCCACGGACGAACCAUCGUCUUCUGCGAGACCAAGAGAGAGGCCACCGAGCUGUCCAUGAGCACGUCCAUCAAACAGAGUGCGCAGACGCUGCACGGAGACAUCGCCCAGAAGCAGAGGGAGAUCACGCUGAAGGGCUUCAGGAACGGCACGUUCGAGGUGCUGGUGGCCACUAAUGUGGCGGCGCGCGGGCUGGACAUCCCCGAGGUGGACCUGGUCAUCCAGUGCUCUCCGCCUAACGACGUGGAGUCGUACAUCCACCGGUCGGGCCGCACGGGCAGAGCCGGCAGAACCGGCGUGUGUAUCUGCUUCUACCAGCGCAAGGAGGAGAACCAGCUCCUGUACGUGGAGCAGAAAGCGGGAAUCAGCUUCAAACGGGUCGGCGUCCCGACGGCCAAUGACAUCGUCCAGUCCUCCAGUAAAGACGCCGUCAGGUUCCUGGACUCGGUCCCGGCGUCUGCGGUGGAGUAUUUCCGCGCGGCGGCUCAUGAGCUAAUCGAGACGCGCGGGGCGGUGGAGGCGCUAGCAGCCGCGCUAGCUCACAUCUCAGGAGCCACGAGUCUCGAGCAGAGGUCGCUCAUCAGCUCCGACGCUGGCUUCGCCACCAUGACUCUGAGCUGCUCUCAGGAGAUGCACAACAUCGGCUUCGCCUGGCGCGGUCUGAAGGAGCAGCUGGGAGACGAGAUCGACGAACACAUCCGGCGGAUGACCUUCCUCAAGGGCAAGAAGGGUGUGUGUUUCGACGUCCCGGCCGCUAAACUGAAAGAGAUCCAGGAUAAAUGGCAGGACGGCCGGCGCUGGCAGCUCUCCGUCGCCACAGAGCUCCCCGAGCUGGAGCAGAACCCUCAUCUCACGGGCGAGCGCACGCCGGGGGGCUUCGGGGGCCGAGGGGGACGAGGAGGCUUCGGGGGCCGAGGAAGAGGAGGAGGAGGACGAGGACGGUCCUUUGGCUCUAGGGGUGGCGGUGGCGGCUUCGGCGGGAAGCGGGGACGAGGAGGCGGUCAGAAACGCAGCUUCAGUCGGGCGUUCGAUUACUGAUGGACUGAUGGUCCGACAGACUGUCCUGUUUUUACUGCCGUUUCAUUCACGUUCACUCUCGCUGGAGCGUGACGGCCCAUGAAAUACGCUGAUGGCUUUUACUUGCAGUUGUGUCGUGUAUAUGAUGACUUCCACUGAUAUUAAAGUGGUUGAACUGCA